AUGCAUGUAAAUUGUGAAAAGCAACUUGCAAAUUGUAACAAUCUACAAGCUUGUGGAACAGAUUGUUGGAUUGUAACAAUCUGCCCUGUGGAUUGUUACAAUCCAGAGAUAGCAAGGUCUAAAGGAAGGGUUGCACUCACAACAAAUAUGGUCAUGGGUGGUACUGUGACGGACGAUGCAAGUGAUGAAUGGCUUGUUCUGGAUCAGAAGGUAAAUUCCUACCCCACAGAUAGAGGAUUUACAGCAAUUGGCACUGGAGGUGAUGAUUUUGUCCAGUCAAUGGUAGUUUCUGUUGAAUCUGUUCUUCAAGAAUCAAUUCCCAAGGGCCGGGUAUCUCAGAAAUUAUCUUCAAGAGGAAAAUAUGUUUCUGUAAACAUUGGGCCAAUUCGUGUUGUUUCUAGUGAGCAGGUCCAAGCUGUGUAUCGUGCCAUGAGAAGAGAUAACAGGAUGAAAUACUUCUUAUGA